AUGGAAGGGGUGUUGACUGACUGUCACACCCUCUGUGCAGGGGAUAUAAACAUCCCCAACCAGGAGGGCCGACACACUCAGACGCUCACAGCCUCCUCACUGCACCUCCACAGCAACCUGACUUUGGACACCAUGCCUUACAGCAGCUGUUCCAGGAACUUCUCCUCCCGCUCCCUCGGGUGCUCCCCGUGCUUCCCGACCUCCUUUGGCGGCUCCUGCGCCCUGAGCAACCUCGUCUACCGCAGUGACUCCUGCGGCUCCUACUCUGGGGGAGCCUGUGCCUUCGAUCCCUGCCAGGAGACCUGCUGCGAGCCCUCCAGCUGUCGGUCCAGCUGCUCCAUCCCCUGCCAGACCCCAUGCUUCCGCCCCAGGGUCUCCUGCUUCCAGAGCCCCUGCCAGGGCCCGCCGGUCAGCUCUCUGGGCUGCGGCUCCCUGGGCUUCGGGUUCGGCGGGUGCCGCUCCCCGAGCUUCUGCCGCCCAAGAUGCUUUUCUACUAGAGUCUGCCGGACCACUUGCUUCCAGCCGACCUGCAGGACCGGUUGCUACUGA